AAAGUACUCCUAUAGUCCAAACAAAAAAAAGAAAAGCGAUAUACCCAAUACAGCUUCCUCUUUUGGCCCCUUCCCCCUCCUCUCCGAAACUUCAAAAAGCUAGGGUUUUAACCCGACCCGCAAAAUUCGGGUUUUGUAGAUCUAUAUCCGGACCUCCGUUGCGGGAUCGUGCUCAACGCCGGCAAUGUCGUCGGUGUCCGACGACUCCCCCUCCGAUUCCAUAUCCCAACCUUUAAAUGAUCUUACGAAUGUGCAACCUGAAGAUGCAACUGUAGAACCUGAGGAAGUAUUAUCAGUUAUUAAUUCUUUGAAGGAAAAAGUUGCUUCUGAACGUGCUGAUUAUAUAAAGAAAAGGGUAGACGGAAAUACACAAAAGUUGGAGAAUCUGACAAAGGAUCUUUACAAUUUGGCAACAGAGAGAAAAUCUCUUGAAAUCUUUGGUGCUGACAGAACAAUUGAUCUACUAUCGAAAAGGCAGAAGGAUGCAAUUGAUAUGCAAAAUGGCAUUGAUAGCAAUAAUGGAGAUGAUGAUAGCAAUAGCUCUGAAGAUGACGGAUAUGCCACUUCUGCAAUUCUUUUAGGAUCAAGUAUUGCAGUCAAGAACGCCGUACGUCCCAUUAAACUUCCAGAAGAGAAAAGAAUACCUCCAUAUACUACAUGGAUUUUCUUGGAUAGAAAUCAGAGAAUGAGUGAGGAUCAAUCUGUGGUUGGUCGUAGAAGAAUUUAUUAUGACCAGAAUGGUGGAGAAACUUUAAUUUGCAGUGAUAGUGAUGAAGAAGUACUUGAAGAAGAAGAAGAAAAGAAGGUGUUUGCAGAGUCCGAAGAUUAUAUGCUGCGAAUGACUAUCAAAGAAGUUGGCUUGUCUGACAGUGUGUUGGAAUUGCUAGGACGGUGCUUGUCAAGAAAACCUAGUGAAGUGAAGGCAAGAUAUGAAGAUCUUGUUAAGAAAGAUAAUGCAGGCACUUCAAAGAAUGAGUGCAUGGAAAGUUCUUUAGAUUUAUAUCUUGCCAAAGAUCUUGAUGCCGCUAUGGAUUCUUUUGAUAAUCUAUUUUGUCGUCGAUGUCUUGUCUUUGAUUGUAGAUUACAUGGAUGUUCACAGGAUCUUAUUUUUCCUGCUGAAAAACAACUACCAUGGUACUGCUCUAAUGCAGAUAUGGAGCCCUGUGGUCCAAAUUGCUACAAUCUGGCUAUAAAGUUCGAAAGUAAUGCUACAGUGAUCUGUCCUCAGAGCGCUACUCAUGGCAAAAAAUCUGUCCUGCCAUCUGACGUUGCUAAUAAUACUCAGAUGCCAGGUAGGAAGCAUGUGUCAAGAAGAUCAAAGUCUUCACAAGGUGAAGGUGCUCCAUCAAAUGCGAAAAACACCUCGGAGAGCAGUGAUUCAGAGAUUAGACUCAUAAAUAAUGUCACUCCUAAUGAGCACUCUUCAUCUCCAUUGAAAAGCAAAUCUGCCAGUAAAGAUGGGAGCAACAAAAGGAACAGCAAGCGAAUAGCUGAACAUGUUCUAGUUGCCAUUAAGAAAAGGCAGAAGAAAAUGACAGCUUUAGAAUCCGACUCUGUUGCAAGUGGAAGUCUAGGUUCCAAAGAUUUGAAUCUUCAUUCUAUUUCACAGAAGGAAAAUGAAGAUGUGAGUCCAUCUUCACUAAAAACACAAUGUAAUAGUGCUAAAAGGUCCAGGAGGAAAAACUCUCCAGUUUUGGACAGUAAAAAUUCUUUGCAAGGAGAGGCUUUUGGUUGCCAAUUGCUGGAAGCUACCAGUGACAAACCUGUGACAAAUUGUGAUGACUCGUCGAGGAAAAGUGAAUAUGUGGGUGAGAGUAACUGCAAACAAGAAAUAGAUAGUGCUAAAUCUUGGAGACCCAUUGAAAAGGCUCUCUUUGAAAAGGGUGUAGAAAUGUUUGGUAGAAGCAGCUGUUUGAUAGCUCGAAAUCUCAUGAAUGGUUUGAAGACAUGCUGGGAGGUUUUCCAGUAUAUGAACAAAUCCGGGAAUAAGCCAUUCUCAGGAGCAUGUGAUGGGAUGAAUGGCGGUCUUGAAGGUGGUUCCAACGAUGGUCAGGAAAUCAUGGGUAAUGAACCUCGAAGAAGAUCCAAAUUUUUACGUAGAAGAGGCAGAGUUCGCCGUUUAAAAUACACAUGGAAAUCCGCUGGAUAUCAUGCAAUUAGGAAACGGAUUUCUGAGAGGAAGGAUCAACCCUGUCGGCAGUUUAAUCCAUGUGGCUGUCAAGGCCCUUGUGGAAAAGAAUGUCCCUGCAUUGUAAAUGGGACCUGCUGUGAAAAAUACUGUGGAUGCCCAAAGAGUUGCAAAAAUAGGUUUCGUGGUUGUCAUUGUGCCAAAAGUCAAUGUAGAAGCCGUCAAUGCCCUUGCUUUGCUGCAGGCAGGGAAUGUGAUCCUGAUGUUUGUCGAAAUUGUUGGAUCAGUUGUGGUGAUGGUACUCUUGGGGUUCCUCCGCAAAGAGGUGAUAGUCAUGAAUGCAGGAAUAUGAAGCUACUUCUCAAACAGCAACAAAAGGUUCUUCUUGGUAGAUCUGAUGUUUCUGGCUGGGGAGCUUUCUUGAAGAAUACUGUUGGAAAGCAUGAAUACCUUGGGGAGUACACAGGUGAAUUAAUUUCACACCGUGAAGCUGACAAGCGUGGCAAGAUUUAUGAUCGUGAAAAUUCUUCAUUUCUAUUCAAUCUAAAUGAUCAGUUUGUGCUUGAUGCUCAUCGGAAGGGUGAUAAACUAAAAUUUGCAAAUCAUUCUCCUGUUCCAAAUUGCUAUGCUAAGGUCAUGAUGGUGGCUGGAGAUCACAGAGUUGGUAUCUUUGCCAAUGAAAGAAUUUGCGCUGGAGAAGAACUCUUUUACGAUUAUCGUUAUGAACCAGACAGUGCACCUGCGUGGGCAAGGAAGCCUGAGGCAUCUGGUACUAGGAAAGAGGAUGCUGCUCCUUCCAGUGGUCGUGCGAGGAAGCAUACAUAGUUGAGCGUCUAUUUAACUGAUUUUUGAUCCAUUAAUAUCAUUCUUCUUUCCGUAGAUCCUCACUGAUAACCAUGAGAUGGAACUUCUAAUCAUUUUAUUGCUGGAGAAACCAUUGCAGUCUCCAUGGUAACUAAUCAUAGACAUUUUUUAUUUUUGGACUAGGCCCUUCUCAGCUUUGAGUGUAUUCAAGCGGGAAAAUUAUUACAGGCCUUAGUAGUUUCAAAGUACAUUGUUUCUCAUGUAACAGAACAUGCAACAUUUGUUCAAUUGUUUUCCCAAAUCUUAUUGGAAUCUCGUAAA